UUCAAGUGCGCAAUUCUCAAAACUACGACGAGGAAGUUAAAUACAUCUGUGAAUAUGGCGAGCAACGGUUCUGACGAGGAAGACAUUUUGAGUGUGUGGGAGUCCCGAAGGAGAACAACCAUACAACUGCUGCGAACGCUUGCAGAUGAACUGGAUUCCAUGCAAGGAAAAGUAAAUAUUGGUAGAUUGACCGGGUCAACUACAGCUAUUGUAUCAGGUAUUGGCACGCUUGCCUCUCUUGCACUGGUUCCAUUCACGGGUGGUGUGUCGACCUUGGCCAUGGUAGGAUUUGGAGGUGUUGGAGUAUUUAGCGGUGUUGUUAGCAUCGGAACUUUAAUCGGAAAGUAUUUCACAGAGAAAGACAUCAUGCAAAACGUCCAGAAAGCAAUCGAUGAUGAUAGAGAAACAAGUCAAAGACUGAACGAAGAAUUGAAUGUAACAGAUGAAAAUGGAGAAUGUGUUGUCGAAGCUAAUGUUACUCCAAUGGAGGUUGCAGGUGCUCUUGGACGCGUUCUGAGAGCACCUCUUACACCUCGAAGGGCUGCUGUGGGUGGAUGUGCUGAUGUAGGAGCAAGGGUGGGGGCAAAUGUUGUUAGAUGUGCAGGGGCUGCAAAAGGAGCACAAGCUGUUGGAAUAGGGGCAUGUGCUGCAGCUAAAGCGAGUGCACAAGCUAUUGGAAUGGAGGCUGCAAGGGAAGCAGGUGGCGCUAUUGGUGCAGGUGCGGCAAUAGGAGCACGCGCCGCAUCUAAAGUAGGGGCCGCAUUCAUUGUUGUCCUUUUGCCAUUAGACAUACACGAUUUUGUCGUCACAUCAAUAGAGACUUACCAUGGUUCCAUACACGAAUCUGCGAAUGCAGUGCGCCAUCUUGCUGAUGAACUGGAGACCGAAAUGACCAGUGUCCUAGCUGCGUAUCGGGCCUGGCGCGGAAGCCGUGGCAGGGAAAUGUGUGCUUCACUAUUGAGGAGUGGAUCUGUUGAUAACUGAUUUAAUCUGGAUAUGUAUAAAUGCGUUACACACAAUUUGACGUACAAAUACAACAACUGCAGCUAGAUUACCAGGAUAUAAAUGCCAUCUCUAAAGAUGAAAUUGUGAUGUAUGAUCAAGAAAUAUCUAGUGAUGAACAAUGUGAAACCUAGAGUUUAUCUUUACUAAUGAAAAUUUGUAUGUCUUUAAGUAAUAUGAUCGACCAAAAGGCAAGGUCUAUAUCAGAUGUACUUGAUCUCAGUGAUGACCAGUCGAGUACUUAAAGUUUGUAAAAAAUGGAAAUCAUCCUUAAUUAAGAUUUUAUGUCUCUCUCUCUGUUUGUUUAAAAAAUGGCGCCCCAGGUUGGCAAUGACUUUGUUUCUUGCCUUGUCAAUACAUUUGUAUAUAUAUCAUAUAUUUUGUAACGAACCCCUAUGCUCUAACAAAUGCAGUACAUAUGUCUGCUUUGCUUCACUAUGCAGGCCCGUUGAAGCGCGGAAUUGACUGCUAUGCUGGUAAACUCGUGAUCACUGAUACAACAUCAUGUCAUGAUCUGUGAUGGUAAAGUCGUGAUUAUUGAUACAACAUCAUGUCAUGAUCUGUGAUGGUAAAAUCGUGAUCUUUGAUACCACCCCUCAUAAUCAGUACCAUUUAACUUUCAUUUUAACUAAUUGUAUCGUUCUUGAUAGAAAAAUACAACUGCAUCAGACAACAGGCAAAGCCUAUACUAGUCUUAUAAUAAUGGCGGUUUGAACAAAAUAAUAGAUAUCUACAAAAAGUAAAAAUAUACAGAUAUUCCAUACUCUCUUGGAACAUGGCACAAACACACCUACACACCUAGACCUACACAUACACAAAUUGUCAUCUACCUGCAUAUUCGAAUAUGGGUAUCACAUAAAGCUGCUAGAGAACUUCUA